UGACGUCAAUGUAGUUUUGCUUUUAACCUUCCAAUCUCAGGCCGUUGUGUGUAUCCUAGCUGUUAAUCGUAUAGACCUCGUUUUCACUUAUAGUGGGAGUGAAACCUUGUUUACAAUUCCUGCGUCGACACAACUACGAGCAUCAAGAUGCAAGCGGCUAUGGAAAUAUCAACAAAGUACUGUUAUAAAGAAUUGGAGACAUAUGGGUCAUGCGUGGCUUCAAAUCCGACGUCAUGGCAGCAAAAGUGCCAUGACCUAAAGACGAAGGUUUCUCAAUGCACAUCAUCACAUCCAGUGAUACAGAAAAUCCGGCAAGACUGUUCCACUGAAUUUGGGAAAUUUGAGCAAUGCCUGAAAGAAAACCAGAACUCACCUACCUCCUGUUCGGCACACGUGACCCGCUUUCUAGGCUGUGCAGACUCUGUUGACCUCAGCAGCGUGGCAUCUGAAACGAGUUCUGACUGAUCAUUGGAUUCCACAUCUUCCAUCUUCAGAUCAAACUUCUGGCUUCAACAGCUUAUACAAGCUGAAUUUGGACAUGUCUACAGUACAAAUAUCCUAUAUAUACUUGUGUUGUGUAAAUAUAUAUAUAUAAGAAUUUCUAUAUACACACACAACCAAAGUGUUUAACAUCUGUUAAUCUCAAUGUGACCCGUUUUAACUGAAAUUAAUAAAAUAGCAAUGCUCCAGAACUGUAAAUAAUAGCAUUU